UUGGGCCCAGUCGUGCUGGCCGACUCGUUGUUCGCUCGCGUCUCUCGCGUCAGUGUCUUGUGUGGUGUGUAAUUAAGAUGUAUACUUAUGGAAUCUUUUGAGUGACUUAUUACCUACAGGAACCGAUGGGAACGACGACCAUCGGAUUUGGUAGCAGACCGAAUUUAUUCAGCUGAUGACUAGGCAAAGGCUUUCGAUCCUAUUUUUACCCUCUCCAAAAUUACUACGCUCCAUCAAAUUAAAAUUUUAUUAGUUGCAGUUUCUAUCCUACAGCCAAUACUAAUAGGCAUAGGAUUGUUUUCCUUGUGUUUCAAAAUCCAAAAACUAACUUAACCCAUCCGUAUAAAUUGGCUUGACAAGGGUAUUUCCAAGAGCAAGAUCUGUAGACCCUAUCUUAAGCUUAUGUUGGUCCUCUCUGAUAACUUAGUAGUUCUCAGUAAAUUAAGUAAGCCUGAGUAAAUAAGUAUUUUUAUUCCAUUAUUACUUCAAAGUGCAAGGGGUAUCUUGCCAGAAUUUUCUUUAAAUCUUCAACGGACUUCUUCUCUUUCGAUUCACCCUUUCUCCUGCCUCAUGUCUCAGGUCGGAGGGUCAGUUGUCUAGUUUGCCCCCGUGAUCUGUCAUGGCAGUUGUUGGCCCUAGUAGGCAUUCAAGGCUGCAAGUGUCUAUGAGUGUGAUGCCAGGAGCGGGGGCGGCGGGCCACCAACAGGCCAUUUUGGCUGCCGCUCAACCAUAUUAUCAUCCUCAACAUGCUGCACACCAACCUUCAGCCACCCCUCAGGAUGUGCAACCUGACAGACCAAUUGGAUAUGGUGCUUUUGGAGUCGUAUGGGCGGUGACGGAUCCCAGAGACGGACGGAGAGUCGCGCUCAAGAAACUCCCCAACGUCUUUCAAAGCCUCGUGUCGUCGAAGCGCGUGUUCCGCGAGCUCAAGAUGUUGUGCUUCUUCAAACACGAAAACGUUCUGUCAGCCUUGGACAUCCUGCAACCACCACACAUUGACUUCUUCCAAGAGAUAUACGUGAUCACCGAGCUACUACAGAGCGACCUACACAAGAUCAUAGUGUCGCCCCAGUACCUGUCGCCCGACCACAUCAAAGUCUUCCUCUACCAGAUCCUCAGAGGACUAAAAUACCUACAUUCAGCCAGAAUUCUACACAGAGACAUAAAGCCCGGCAACCUUCUUGUUAACAGCAAUUGUGUUCUAAAGAUCUGUGACUUUGGCCUGGCACGUGUAGAGGAGCCGGACCAGUGCAAGAACAUGACUCAGGAGGUGGUGACUCAGUACUACCGAGCCCCAGAGAUCCUCAUGGGUGCCAGACACUACACGGCCGCAGUAGAUGUGUGGAGUGUCGGAUGUAUCUUUGGUGAACUGCUUGGUCGCAGAAUAUUGUUCCAAGCGCAAAGUCCAGUACAACAGCUGGAGCUGAUAACAGAGUUACUUGGCACACCAUCACUAGAAGACAUGAGACAUGCGUGUGAAGGUGCCAGAUCUCAUAUGUUGAGACAGAGAGUCAAGCCUCAGUCGCUGUCAGCUCUGUACACUCUCUCCUCCCAGGCCACUCAUGAGGCUGUGCAUCUCCUUUGUCAGAUGCUUGUCUUUGACCCGGACAAGAGGAUCAGUGUAGUAGACGCACUGGCUCACCCGUACCUAGACGAGGGUAGGUUGCGCUACCACUCGUGCAUGUGCAAAUGCUGCUUCACGAGUCCCAACGCGAUGCGGCAGUAUACCACGGAGUUUGAGCCUGUUACGCCUCAUCCUUUUGACGACCUGUGGGAACGUAAACUUACAUCUGUGCAGCAGGUCAAAGAGGAGAUGCACAAGUUCAUCAGCGAGCAGCUCAAUACCAACCGUGUGCCGUUGUGCAUCAACCCACAGUCGGCCGCCUUCAAGAGCUUUGCAAGCUCCACGGUUGCCCAUCCCUCGGAGCUACCACCCUCCCCUCACCAAUGGGAGUGACGAUACCUCCAACCUAGGUUGUUGUUCCGACAAUUGAUUGGUUGAAAAUAACUGAGGACAUAUACAAUUACUUCCGAGUGUAAAUAUAGAUUAAGUUCAGGCAGUUGUGUCCAUUUAUGUUUCGGUUCUUAGUAAAAUAUAUGGGUUAAUGUACGUAUUAUCUGUCUGUAUGUGCUUUACUUUGAUUAGACUGAAUUAAGACUGCUCUCGAUGGAAUGUCAAAGACUCUGAGCCUACAAACUGAGGUUAAGUCAACUGUGAUUAGAUAAUUCCAUUGAGACGCUUGAUUUUCUUUUGAUCGAAAUGUCAAAGCACUUAAAGACAAAAUUAAGAACCAGAGUUAACAUCUGAUAAGAUAAUUUAUGUGUUUAUAAUUUGUUUUUAUUUCUCUGCAAAAUGUGACAUGGCUUCUAAAUUUUAUCAUUUACUUUGUAGAUAAUUUUAUAUAUUUUCAUUAUUUGUGUGUUCGAUUUUUAAACAAUAACAUAGGAUUUAUCAUUAAUUCUCUGCUUUCUAAAACGGAGGUAAUGCAAUUACAAUCGAUUUAGUUUAUUCUGUACAUAAUGUAGGUAUUAAUCUGAAAUAUCAAAUGACUUAAUAAUGCAAUUGUUUUUAAUCCUUGUUCUUUGUCGAACUAAGUUCACUAGAGUUUUAAUCCAUCAUACUGUUGUUAUAUUUUUAGUAAUAAUUAGAAAUGUAAAUUGUAAGGUUUUAUUUAGUUAAUUUUUUUAAUAUUUUAAGCUAGUUCCAAUAUUAAAAUUUCAUACGAACAAUAUUGAAAGUAAUAGUGGCUGUGUACUGUUGAGUUCCACAGCUUCCAGUCUGUGAUAUUUCAACCUCAAUCUUUGUCCCGUAAAUCCGUACAUCACCGCUGUUAGGUUAGGUAAGUGGAAGUGACUGUACAUACCGUUGAGAAGCCAUGUUCGCAUUUGCCGCUCACUACUGUAAUGUUCAGACUGCAGAAUAAUUUUCCCAAAGAUCUCAUAGGCUCUAAGCGGGAUAGGUUAGGUCUGGUGGUAGAAUGUGUUUCCUAUGUUCGUUUAUCACUAGUAUUUAGGGCAUUAUCUUAUCUCUAUUCUACUGUUUAGUUGUAAUCCAGUUUUGUUUUGUAAACAUUCAGACUGACACCAAAUCACUGCCAUCUUAGCUCUUUUACAAGACAUUCCUGCAACAAUGUUUUUUUCUAAAUAAGUUUCAAUCAUAACAAUUCAAGUUGUCCGCUUAAAUGUGGAAAUUUGGCAAAGUUUGGUCAAAAAUACUAAAUAAUCAUUAAAGCUGUAUAACGGGAAGUGCAAUGUCUCAAGUCUGAACUAGAGAGUGUGGGCUUUACAAGUGGUGAACUGGUACAAGUACAUGUCUAUGUGUAUAGAGUGUGUCGCAAUAUGUCUUGUCUAUCAUUAUAACUGUGUCUUUCUUUUAAAUUUAUAGUAUUAUACUUAUGUAAAAGAGUGGGUAUUAUUAUUCCUAACAUUUAAUGUUCUAAAUGUUAAUCAUGACUUUCUUUUAAAUGUGAGAUAUUUGUGUUUUGUGUUCAAAUUUACUUUCCUACUGUUUAUUAUUUUAUUAUUUUUAAGAAAUUGUUGCCUUUCUGAAAACAGUUAACCAUUAUUCCUUUAUUUAUUUAUACUAAGCGUACUGCUUUGUUUACCAAACUACUAUAUAUUUAUGUAUGCAAAUUAAAGUGACUGAAAAUCAAUUUUAACCUUUUAUAUAUUUUGUUAUUGAAAUCCUAGCUUGAUUUCAUUCAUACGUUUGGUGGCACCCAUGUAUUCAUUGUUCAUAGUUCCUAAGUUCAAAAACGGGAUUGUUUGUGUAACACAACUUAAAAAGUCGGCAGGAGUCGAUAAUUUUUCAUUGUUGUGGACCGUCAGAUGCCAGGCUAAACAGUGGUUGCCCGAGCGCCGGUGCACCGUAAGCUUGAUUACUGAGGAGAAAAUUUUAUGUGAUUCUUCUUAAACAUAUUUUACGUGUGAAUUGCUUUUCAGAUUUUUAAAACUUUUGGCCUUUAACUUUAAACUUAAACUUUAAAACUUUUAAAUGUAUUUGGCCAAAUAAUGAUAACAAUUAAAAUUAAAAAGUAGAUAGCAUAUCACAUACGUGGUUUCAAUAGCUUUAAAAUGAGAUAUUUUGAAACUUUAUAUUAAUAAACAAUGCCGUAAUAUGCUUCAACCAUUAACAUUGUCGUUAUGGGCAGAAAAUCUAAGAUAGACGGCAGUCUUGCCAACUCUUAAAUAUAUUAUAAAGAGGGAAACUAAUACAACAAGGUCAAUUCCUAGAGAACAAAUUUACAAUUGAGUGUAACUCCUUCGAAUAAAUGCAGAUUUAUAUGUUUGCACCAAUUGGAUGAUGUUUACUCGAGUUAUCGUGCUAGUGGUCACUCAUAUAUAUUUAUUAUUUAUAUAUGAAUCUGAACUGAUGGUAUUUUUGGCCGCUGACGUCAAAACGAAAAAGUAAAUCGGUCCCAGGUCUAGAUCUUACCAUGAGACCUACGGUAAUAGUUUAUUAAUAUGGGAAAAAACAAUGAAAAAUGUAUUUUUGUUCAAUUUAUAAUAAUUGUGUAUCAUUCAAACCUCACUUACAUUUUAUUACAGGAAAGAAUGUUUAAGUUUACAAUUGAGUUAGUUUUUACUAGAAUAUUUUACCUAAUCGAACAAAAGACUAGUUCUGUCAAUUCAACUGUCCUCAAUUUUCAGGACUGACUCAUAAAAAGUAAAAUGAAAUAUGAGUUAGCAAUUAGCAUCAUAAACCUUGCGAAAUGAAAUUGCUUUUACAAAGACCAUCCAAAAGGAUGGUAAUAAGGAGUUGUGAGUAACGGGUAUUCCAUGCUGCAAUUGCCAAGGAAAUGUUCCCACAUCAUCCUAUAUUACCAAACUGCUAGUACAUCUCAUCAAGUGAAAGUCGAGUGUUUCAUUGAAUUUUACUCUUACCCAAACAGUCCCUCUAAAUGCGAGUUUCACAUUCAAUGUACAACAAAUACUAAACAGCUACUAUAUAGGUAGAAUUGAUUUAUUCUCUUGUGACAGUAAUCCUGAAUGUGACAUUACCACUAUGCAGGUGUUGCGGUUCCACUAGUGUGCUUUUGAAAUGCUUCUACUUGUUCAAUUAUUGUAUGUCGUUUAAUAGAAUCCUUAUUUGUGAUUUUUGGCACUUCUUGACUUGUAUUAAAGUGCCUAGUAGAUGUCAGUAAGUAAGAUAUAUUAUUACUUUUCUGCUUCAGUCUAUUAAUUAAAUAUUUGUACAUUUUUGAAUCAUGUCAAUUUAGUUUUGUUCAUUAGAAAGAUUAGUAUCAAAAUGUAGGAAUCAAGGCAAUUUAUUUCUCACGUAGUUCUGUGGAUGGGUUUACCUUUAGGGGUUUGUCUACAGUUUCCUAUGUAAAUUGAACAAAUUUCUAUCUGUAUUUGUCACAAAUUGUCUAUCGAUAAACAUUUAGCAUUUUUGUCUAUAGAUUCCUUUGCUCACAAUGCCAACCAUUAAACCUCACUGUAAAUAUAGUUAAGUUGUAAAUAUACUAUAGAGGGGGGCAUAUUUUUGUUAGGAAUAAACUUACGUAUGAGAGUGUGUAAAUCGAUUAGUUUAGUUAAUGAUAACAUGUCCUGAUUCAAUAGGUUAAGUUAGUCUGUACACUAUUUGUUAUAUUCAGUGUUGGUUUUAGUCUGUGUCUUAAGUUUGGAGUCAGUGAGUCGGAUAUUUAAGUUUUACAAUAUAUAAUCCACAGUUUGGAUAUCAUUAAAACAUUCAAGCAAUAAAAUUAUUACUUUGAUCACUUUUAGAAAAGUCUAAAAGUCUUUAAUCAUGGAAGUUGCGAGGAUCGGCACACUGACUUCAGACUCAGUUUAAAAUAAAUGUAAUAUUUUGGUAUGUGAAAUGAUGAGUAGAUUAAAAAUUUUAUAUCUUUGUAGACUCGUUGUUUGUAAAUGCAUGAUUCUGUUCUUCCAGUCGAAGUGAGGCGGUCACGUCGUAUGCAUUUACAUUAACCGCACUGAUUGUAAAUAUUCUUUUGUACAUAGUGACACCAACACACUUUUAUAGAAUCGACCGCCUAAAACAGUUUUUUAAUACAAAUACCAGUAGUCGUUAGUAUAGAGAUCGGUCCCGUCGAUGUUACGAAUGUCGGUGUGCUUAGUGAUUUAGAUUCAAACAAACUUUAUUGUUCACCUGUUUUGACUGUUUACCUCAAAAGUAAAUUUCAAAUUUAUUAAUAUCUGUCCGUCACGUUUUGAAAUAAUGCCAGCACAAUAAGAGAACUCUAAGUGUUGAGAUUUCCGAUGUCUCCAUAGUUAGCUGUGUCCAGUAGCUCAGUGUCUACGCUCACACCUGCAGAAUUUAAAUAUCAAUAAAUUCUUGAUUUUAAUAUAA